CGGCGAGAACCCAAGAUCAGCCGCAGCACGCACCCACGUGAGAGGUAGUGAUUCUCGCCGAUGGCUACGACGGCAAACGACCUCCGCGAACGCACGACGGUGCUGCGAAGGCGACUGCCAGCGACGUGGCCGAGCGUCGAGGAGGACGGCGGCUCGUCGUCCAGCGACGACGACAACAAUGACGAAGACGGCGACAUCAAGGAGAGCAGCUACGACGCAUAUGUUCCUGGCACGACGCCGCUUGGUGAAGCGCUCUUGACGUUUGCGACCUGCAACCUCCCGACGCCCGAGCCGCCGCUCGUGCCUGCGUCGCCGGUGACGCAGCUGCAUCACGCGUGGCAGCGCUUGCCGUGGUACGUGCACACGUGUCUUGUGACGCUGGGGCUGCUCGCGUGGUGGUUUUCGUUUCUCGCCGUCUUUAGCGUCCUCUCGUCGCGGUCCAUGGCGCAGCAAGUCGUGACGGCCGGCAUGCUCCUUCUCGGCGCCGGCGCGCUCUACCUCGUGCUCAUCUUCGUGCUCGUCCAGCUGCCGUGGACGUCUGCGUUUGGUGCGUCGAUCUGGGCGCGCCUCCACUUGACGCGGCCGCCCGCCGACAGUCGCGUGCUCGUCGAGCCGUGCAUCUGGGUCGCACUCGUCAUGAGCUCGUACGCGCUCUUCCAUAGCUUUGCGCUCUCGAGCCUUAUCGGCGGCGUCACGGGCAUUGCGCUCGUCCUUCUUGGUGACGUCAUCCAAGUCUACUUGCACAUCAUCGGAAGUGCAAAGUCGACGCCCAAAGACGAGCAGCCGCGCAGCCUCAAAAUCGUCGUCACGACGGUCGCGAUCGCGUCGAUCGUCCACCAAUGCCAUGCGCUCUUCUGGAGUGUCCUCAACGACGGCGCGCUCGGCGUGUGGCCGUACCUCCUCAGCAUCCUCGUUGGGGUCUCGCUCAUCGUCGCCAGCGAACUCUUGCUCUUGUACGGCCCGACGCGCUACGCCGGCGUCAUCUUGCAGUCGCGUGUGCUGCACGCGCGCGACAAUUGGCGCUUGCACCCGUUCCGGUCCUUGCUCGAGCUCAGCUUUGUGCUCUUGGUCUCGAUGCUCGGGUACGACUACUUUGGCGAGCUCCUCAUCUCGCUGCAAGUUGGCACGCUCGCCUGUACGGUCUUUAUCUUGACGGGCGAGUUCUACCUCUACCCGACACGGACCACGAUGCGGCACGGCCUCGCCGUCGACGACCACCACUGGAUGAAGCUGCUGCCGUUGCUCUGCGUCCUCACCUUUAUGCUCUACCACGUUGGCUUUAUCCUCGCGCGGCACGUGCGGCUGCUCCUGCCGCUCCUCAACAUCCUCGCGCUCGGCGCCACCGUGCGGCUCUGCUUGCCGCGCAAGUUGUGGCUGCGGCGCAUGCUGUGGCGGCGCCUCGGCACGUCGUUCAUGCGCAGCCACCCGUGGCAAGCGACGUGGGAGAUGGUCGCGCACGUUGCGUUUGGCGUCUUCUUGCCGACCGAGACCCCGUUCGUGGUCCUUGUCGGCGCGAAUGUGUUUUUUGACAUUUGGAUGGUCGCGUCCGAGCGCGUUGGCACCAAGCUCUGGGACGCUGUGUCGCUCCUGCAGUACGCACCGGCAUGGCGGCUGACACUGUCGGGCCGCGAAGUGACGUCGAUGCCCCAGUCGCAUGCGCCGCUGUGGGACCUCGACCCGCCACCGGUCGCGACCAACGUCGUUGUCGAUCGCCACGACCUCUCGAUCCCGUUGUGCACGUUGAUCAACUUGCUGGUGCUCUUUGGGUCGCUUGCGUCGCUCACGGUCCUUGUCACGACGCGGCUUGCGAGCGCGACCACGCUGCACCUUGUGUUUGUGUACACAAUGUGCCUGGCGACGUGUGCCGGCUUGCUCUUGGGCAGCGUCGCCGACGGGCAGUACUACGCGUGGCUUCGCCGUCGCUUGUACGCGUUUCUGCGCGAUCAAGUCGAGCGCUUCCCGCUGCAAACGUUUGUCGAAGUCGCGACCUGGUGGGGUGUCUGCAUUGGCUCGUACGCGCUCUCGGGCUGGCCCGUCUUUGCGAUCGGGCUCGCAUCGCUCUCAACGCUGGUCGUGCUGCUCGGCGGCAAGUAUGUGUCGCGGCGGCUCGUGGCACAGCGCGACGAUGCGUUCUCCGCCACGUGCGCGGUCGUCUUCUUCAUCUGCUUGAUGACGUACGCGACCGGGCUCUGUCUCUACUACAUUUACUGCCACUUUCGACGCAUCGAAGUGGCGUUCUGCCUCGCGACCUUGUCCGGCGUCGUCUUUGUCGCGUCGAGUGAGCUCUGCCUGCUCUGGGAGCCGUCCCGCGUCGCGGGCAUGAUUCUCCAAACCCGUGUGACGCACGCGCGCACCAACUGGCGCCUCGAGCCGGUCCGGUCGUUCCUCGAGCUCUUUGUAUGGGUCGGCGUCACGUACGGAUCGUUUGAAGUGUACCAAGACGUGGCCCUGGCGCUCCAGCUCGGCACGUUCUCGGGCAUCGUCGUGACGCUCUCAGGCGAGCUGUUUCGAUCGCAAACGCAUGUGCUCUUUCCGGAUGGCGACGUUGCGGCGCAGAGCAGCAACCGCCCCAAAGUGCUGCCGCUGCUCUUGCUCUUUGCGUACGUGGGCGCCGGCACGUUUCAGUGGAUCUUUGAGCACCUCCGGCGCCUCGAAGUCAUGGUCCUACUCGCCACGAUCGCUGGCAUCGUCUUCCUCUGUGUCGCGGACGCCCUCGUGCUGUGGACCCCCACGCGCUGGGCCGGCCUCAUCCUCCAAGAUCGGUUUCUUCAAGCAAGCGCCAACUGGCACAUGCACCCGGUGCGCUCGUUUGUCGAGCUCGGCUGCUUCCUCGGCGUUAUUUACGGCAGCCACGCGAUCUACGGGGACCUCUUGGUCGCGGUUCAGUGCGGGACGCUCUCGGGCAUGUGCGUCGCGCUCAUUGGUGACCAGCUCAAGUCGCAGCGCGGCCCAACGCCGUCCCAUGACAAGCAGCACCGCAUUCUGCCGCUGCCCAUCAUGAGCGUCCUCGGGCUCGUUGGCGUCGUGGCGUUCAACACGAUCUACACGCACCUCCGCAGCAUCGAAGUGGCUUUUGUGCUUGCGACCUCGAGCAGUAUCGCGUUCGUCGUCCUCGGCGACAUGUUUGUCAUUUGGCGCCCGACGCGCUACGUCGGCCUCAUCCUCCAAGAGCGCAUCUUGAACGCGGCGCACAACUACAAGAGUCGGCCGCUCCGGUCGUACGGCGAGUUUGGCACGGCCACCGCGGUCCUCUUCGUCGCAUACCGCUACACGCUCGACGUGCUGGUGGCGAUGCAGGUCGGCACCUUUACUGGCAUUGUCGUCUGCGUCGCGAACGAGUCGAUCACAACGUACGUGUCGGCCUACAAGCAGCGCAUGGUGUCGCUCGCCGCGGGCCACUCCGACGGCCAGGAAGACGCCCAUUUGCUGGCCAUGCCGUACGAAGUUCUCUUUGAAAUUGCGCGGUUUUUGACACCGGAAGAGUUGCUGGUCGCGCGCGCGACGUGCCACAAAGUCAACGACCUUUUGCGCGCCGAGUCGGCGCGCUUCUGGCUCCACGCGCACUUGCGCCGGCAAUGGAAGCGCUACGGCUUUGGGCCCCACCGCCGCCCGGUCCGCCGCAGCCUUAUUUACGAAGCGUGGCAAGCGCUGGUGCCGAAUCUCUGGGCGCCUCGCAGCGAGCCCUCGACGCUGUUGACGGCCAAAAUUGCGUGCAAUCGCGCUCUCAAGUGGGUCUAUCUGAACGCAGACUGGAUUCGCAGCCACAACAUGCCACCGCUAUCGACGCCGCCGCCCACGACGCUCGCGCUGCGCGCCACGGACCCGGGCUUCCAAGUGUUUCGGCAUUUACCCGACAAGGAUGUGCUUGGCAUUACGCUGCAGAGCAAUGGCACUGAUGAUGGGAUCGACGUGAUCCUCGUGCCCAGUCGGCUCUAUGCCAAGCUGCAAGCCGACCCGUUUAGCUUUGUCGUCUCCGAAACGCUGUACGAAGUCGAAGCGUGCUCGACAGGCCACCUCGUCAACGCCGCGUUCGUGGCCAUGACGGUGCUCUGCCUUGGCCACGCCAUCGCCCGCGUAGUAGGAACCAACCCGAGCCCUUGAGAUAGAGUGAGCUAGAGUCGAAGCCACAAAAUUGUACAUUGAUGAAACGCUGUCGUGACGUCGGCGUUGCUGGGCGGAAGAGACACGACGUUGAGCCAUCA